GAGUCUUGAUCUUUUCUCAGUUUUACGUUGCUGCUGUUUCUUUCUCCUAAGACAAUUACUAAUGGGUGCUCUCGCAGAAUCCUAUAAAGACACCCUUCUCGAACCGCAACACAUCCCCCUUGACUAUGGUUCUGUCCAUACAUUACCCGACUCCCAUGUAUGGCUUGAUGAGUCCGACGAGUCUCCAUCUGGGGUCCACUCCACUGGCCCGCCCGUUAUCGACCUCGCGGAUCCAGAUUCUGCGAGGCUCAUAAUCCAGGCAUGUGAGACAUGGGGUGUGUUUCAACUGAUAGGCCAUGGCAUUCCCACCAAGCUUAUGGAGGAUGUGCAGUCUGAGGCUGAAAAAUUGUUUGAUCUACCAGUUGACCAAAAGAUGAAGGCCUUAAGAUCUCCAGGGGGAAGCCAAUCAGGAUAUGGUCUCCCUCCUAUAUCGCCAUUUUUUGAAAAGCUUAUGUGGCACGAAGGUUAUCAUAUCAUGGGGUCUCCGAUCGAUCAUGCUAAGCUGCUUUGGCCCAAUGACUAUCAAGGGUUUUGUGACACAAUGGUUCAUUAUCGGAGCCAAUUGAAGGCAUUAACCGAGCAGCUAAUCCGCAUUAUCUUCAAAUCCUUGAACAUUAAUCCAGAUGAAGUGGCUUGGCUUAAGGAAUCUCAAGGGUUAAGUAUUGGUCUGCAGUUAAACUGUUACCCGCCCUGCCCUGACCCAACCCGAGCCAUGGGCAUAGCACCCCACACAGACACAUCCCUAAUAACCGUUCUCCAGCAAUCCAAAGUCAGCGGCCUCCAAGUCUUCAAAGAGGGAGCCGGGUGGGUCCUGGUGCAACCCGUACCCGGUGCCAUCACAGUUAACCUUGGUGACUUUUUCCACAUCCUCUCCAACGGGGUGUUUACAACUGUCCGUCAUCGUGUUGUGGCCACCCGGAUCCGACGGCUCUCCUUUGCCUAUUUCUAUGCUCCCCCGGGUGAUUUUAUAGUCUCCCCAGUUUUGUCCAAGGAUUUUGGGGAAGUGCCUAGGUAUCAAACUCUGUCAGUGAAGGAGUAUGUUGGAAUCAAGGGCAAGCAUUUCGAGAAGGCGCUUUCUGUUAUUCAAAAUUAAAUGGGAUUUUUCCCUAUAUAUUUUAUGGUGAAUCUAAGUUAAUUAAAUAAUGAGGUCAAACACACAGAUGGUUUUUGUAAUUUUUAUUUUAUUUUAUGGUUUUUUUUUUUUUUGAAAGGUUUAUUUUAUGGGUAUUAAUCCUUGGCCAGAGGUGUUAUCGUUUAAGAGUUUUUUUCUUCUUCUUCUUGUUUUUUGUUUUUAUAGCCAGGAGAGUCUAAAAUUUUAGAUAAAGAAUAAUAAUUCACAUCAAGGAAUUCGAAUUUAGAUACAAAUAAACGGAAGCUCACUAUCUGUCGAACCUAACUCACUCCUGUUACUGUUAGCAAAGAUGUCGUGCAUGCAUGCUCUCUUUUUUUUAAAAACUUCUC